UCUCAUAGUCCAGUUCAUCAGAAGAGAUCAGAAGCAGAGCCCAGCUGUGUGUCUUUGAGGAGUGAUGAAUCUAUUGAUCUGCCAAUAAAGUGUAACAGUGGAGAUACACAGCCUGAUCUCAGCCAUGAAGUCCUCAACACAUUUAGAUCAAAUCUAAAGAAGAAGUUUGAGUGUCUGUAUGAGGGAACAGUGACGCAGGGAAACCCAACACUGCUGAAUGAGAUCUACACAGAGCUCUACAUCACAGAGUGUGAAAGUGGAGAGAUCAGUAAUGAACAUGAGGUGAGACAGAUUGAGACACAAUGCAGGAGAACAGCAACAGAGGACACACCGAUCAAAUGCAAAGACAUCUUUAGACCUUUACCUGGACAAAACAAAGCCAUCAGAACUGUGCUGACAAAGGGAGUCGCUGGGAUUGGAAAAACAGUCUCUGUGCACAAGUUCAUCCUGGACUGGGCUGAAGGGAAAAAGAAUCAGGAUGUCCAGAUUAUAUUUCCACUUCCUUUCAGAGAAAUCAACUUGAUGAAGGACAAAACACUCAGUCUUUCAGAUCUUCUUCAUGUCUUUUUCCCUGAAACUAAAGAAAUGGAAAUCUCCAAUGAUGAAUAUAAAUUGUUGUUCAUCUUUGAUGGCCUGGAUGAGUGUCGUCUGUCUCUGGAUUUUCAGAGUAAUGUGAAGUUGUGUGAUGUAAGCGAAUCAGCCUCAGUGGAUGUGCUGCUGAUGAACCUGAUUGUGGGGAAUCUGCUUCCCUCUGCUCUCAUCUGGAUCACCUCCAGACCAGCAGCAGCUGAUCUUGUCCUCUCUGAGUGUGUCCAUCGAGUGACAGAGGUACGAGGAUUCAAUGAGCCACAGAAGGAGGAAUACUUCAGGAAGAGAAUCAGUGAUGAUGAGAGUCUGGCCAGCAGGAUCAUCUCACACCUGAAGUUAUCAAGGAGCCUCUUCAUCAUGUGCCACAUCCCAGUGUUCUGCUGGAUCUCAGCCACUGUUCUAGAGAAGAUGUUGAGUCGAGCAGAGAGUGGAGAGAUUCCCAAGACUCUCACUCAAAUGUACACACACUUCCUGAUCCUUCAGACCAACAUCAAACAUGAGAAUGACUACGAGAAGAAGGUGACAGAUGAAGACAUGAUCCUCAAUAUGGGGAAACUGGCUUUUCAGCAGCUUGUGAAAGGCAACCUGAUCUUCUAUGAAGAAGAUCUGAGAGAGUGUGGCAUUGAUGAGACAGAAGCAUCAGUGUACUCAGGAUUGUGCACUCAGAUCUUCAGAGAGGAGUUUGGCUUGUAUCAGGGGAAAGUCUUCAGCUUCGUUCAUCUGAGCAUUCAGGAACAUCUAGCAGCUCUAUAUGUACACCUUUCCUUUACAGUGCAGAAGAGAAAUGUUUUUGACAAAACCAAAGAGAGUCUUCUGUCUAAGGUUUUAAGCUGGAUGAAGUCAUUAUCUGAUCUCAUUCAGAGAGCUGUAAAUGAGGCUUUACAGAGUAAAAAUGGACAUUUGGAUCUUUUUCUGCGGUUUCUUCUGGGUCUCUCAGUGGAGUCCAAUCAGACUCUGUUACGAGAACUACUGACACAGACAGGAAGCUGCUCCUACGACAAAGAGAAAACUAUAAAGCACAUCAAGUGGAAGAUCAGAGAGAAUCACUCACCUGAGAAAUCCAUUAAUCUGUUCCACUGUCUGAAUGAACUGGGUGAUCAUUCACUUAUGGAGGAGAUCCAAAAAUAUAUGAAAUCUGGAACAAUAAAACAAACCAAACUCUCCUCCUCACAGUGGUCAGCUCUGGUUUAUGUGUUGCUGACAUCAGAACAGAAGAUGGAUGUUUUUGAUCUAAAACAGUUUAUUGGAGCACAACAUUCAGUAGAUGAAGUUCUUAAGAAGCUGCUGCCUGUGAUUAAAGAAUCCAGAUCAGUUCGGCUACAGUUCUGUAAUCUCACUGCUCAGUCCUGUGUGAGUUUGUCUUCAGCUCUACACUCCUCAAACUCUGUCCUGAGAGAGCUGGACCUGAGUAACAAUGACCUGCAGGAUUCAGGAGUGGAGUUGCUUUCUAAUGGACUUAAGAGUUCAACCUGUAAACUCGAGAUACUGAGAUUGUCUGGCUGUAUGGUGACAGAGAAAGGCUGUGGUUAUGUGUCUUCAGCUCUGAGUUCAAACCCCUCACACCUGAGAGAGCUGGAUCUGAGCUACAAUCACCCAGGUGAUUCAGGAGGAAAUCUGCUCUCUGAAAAACUGGAGGAUCCAAACUACACAUUGGAGAAACUCAAUGUGGAUCAUGGAGGAGAAUCCAGGAUUACAGCAGGACUGAAGAAAUAUGCCUGUUUUCUCACACUGGAUCCAAACACAGCAAACAAUUAUCUCAGUCUGUCUGAGGAGAACCGAACAGUGACAAACAAGAAUGAGAACCAGCCGUAUCCUGAUCAUCCAGAGAGAUUUGAUAAUGUGCGUCAGGUGUUGUGUAGAGAGAGUGUGUGUGGACGUUGUUACUGGGAGAUUGAGUGGAGUGGAGAUGUGUUUAUAUCAGUGUCAUAUAAGAGCAUCAGCAGGAAGGGACAGAGUUAUGAGUCUACAUUUGGGUGUAAUGAUCAGUCCUGGAGUUUGAUCGGCUCACAUUCUGUUUACUUAUUCACACACAAUAAGAUAGAGUCUGUUCUCCCUGUAAAGCUCAUCAGCAGUAGAACAGGAGUGAAUGAUGAUGAUGAUGAUUAUAAUAUCUAUAGAGUAGGAGUGUAUGUGGAUGUGAGUGCAGGAACUCUGUCCUUCUACAACGUCUCUGACACAAUGAGUCUCAUCCACACAGAACAGAUCACAUUCACUCAGACGCUCUAUCCUGGGUUUGCUGUUUGUUGUGGAUCAUCAGUUUCACUGUGUUGAUGAAUCAGAGUAGACUGACGAGAGAUUCUUCCCAUAAUGCUUUGAGCUGAUGAUGAAUCGGUAACAGUGAGAUGAUAUAGAGUCUUUAUGACAUUAAUACUGCAGCUGAACAUCUGUCACUGAAAUAACAGUCAGAAUAAAUGUAUCAUAAAUCCUCAUACAGACAGUAAUAUCAGUGUGUGUGCUUUUCUUAACCUGCAUUUAUUUUUUAUUGUAGUCACAGCAAUCAUUUAUAUUAUUACUAUCAAAAUUACUGUUUUGUAAUUUUGUAAGAGUGCCUUCACAAAUGAUUUCUGAAAAACAUGUAUUAUAUAUAUUUUAACAUUCAUUAGAUUUUUCUCUAUUAAUUUUGUGCACAAAUAAUAAAAACAAUAUUAAAAAAACUUGAGAUCAGAUUUUAAUUUAUGAUGAAUAUAUGUAUUUAUCUGUAACUUCAUGAAAUUGUAAGAGCAAAAAAAAGAAAGAAAAAAAGAAAAAAAUCAUGAAUGGUCAAAACCAGGGGAAAGGAUUGACAUAAAUGUGAUAAUGGAUCAAUUAAAUGUGUAAUGUUUUUUUUUAAUUCAUGUCUUGUGUUUCAGCAGGGUUCGAUUUGUUGACCUGACUUGAUUAGAUUCAGAUGGUUAAUGUCGUUUAUUAAGUUGAUUACCAUAUUAUAAUGAAACCAUCCUAUUUAAAAAUAUUACCUUAAGUUAAUAAAAGAUCAUGUUUAUUGUAACUAAUGUAAACAACAGUAAAGCCAUAUUAAAUAAUUAUAGGAUCUUCUUCAAGCAGUGAAAUAAAUAUUUCUCUGUAUUUUUUAAAAACAUUUUAAUGACAGUACAAUUAUUGAACAAAAAUAAAUUAUUUUAUUAAAACACAUUGAAAGCACAUUGUUAUUAUUUAAUGCCAAUUAUAUUACUUUAGCUUUAGCCUUUUUUGGAUGUUUUUGCCGUGUAUGGAGUAAAAGACCCCCAUCAUCACCUCAUAUGUGACCCUGGAUCACAAAACCAGUCAUAAGGAUCAUUUUUUCAAAAUUGAAAAAAUUCAGUUUUCAUACAUUUACUGUAGGAAUUUUACAAAAUAUCUUUAUGAAACAUGAUCUUUACUUAAUUUCCUAAUGAUUUUUGCCAUAAAAAAAAAAUAAAUAA